AAUAAUAAAGAAUUAAGAAAAUUUCCACAAAAGCUUAGAAAAAAAAUUAAUUCAGCCAGGAGAUGUAAUUGUCCCAAAAAAUUGUGGAAUAAUCGGUUAAAACACUUUAGGCUCCUUUUCGUUUGUUGAUCAUGGCACGUGACGCAUAUAUACGUAGCAUUACUUCAUGCUCCGCCGGAAUCCUUACCGGUGGUGGAUCCUCCGGUUUUGGUCAGCUCUCCGGAAACUUCCAAAUAUGCGAUCCGCCUAGCACCGCCCUUCCCCGGAGCUUUACCUUGACGUCAACGGCACAUGAUCAAGAGUUGGCAAUGAGACAAUCAUUGUCGUUGGAUCAUCGGAGGAACUAUAGAUGCGUUGUUGUGAUGGGAAGAAUCGAUGAGGAGGUUUCUUGUGAUGAUGAUGAGUUUCAAGAAGAAGACUCUUUUCUUGAUUAUGUUGUGGAUGAAACUGGUUCACUACAAGUAACUCCAAGAACAGAGGUGAUAGAUUCUCUUGGUAUAACAUCGAUAUGUGAGAGAUUACAUAUCCAUGGAUUACAAAGAAGACUUAAGCACAUUGAUAAAUAUGCACAUUCACUAAAGUUGACCCUUUUGAGUAAUAAUGCUUCCAACAGUAUAGACAUUUGUUUCCACAGGAAUUCGUCGCGUGCAGUUGGAAUGUGUCCUCAUGGUCAGUGGAAGAGAGUGUCCAAAGGGUUACCUUGGGUUGCGAUAAUGUCACCUUUUGACUCUAAGAUUCUUGAUAUAAGAACAUUUGGUGGCUCAUCUAAUGUCAUUACCUUGGAGUUGGUUGCUAAGCAAGAGUUUUUCAUGUACCGGAUUGUGUUUUUAAUCAUGGGGAUAGUGUUACUGAGUUUGGCUUCUAGACUUAGCAAAUCAGUAGUGUUUUACUAUGUUGGUGCCAUGUCUAUUGGGAUUAUCAUUCUUGUAACUCUUAUCAUCAAUCAGGGGAUAAAGCGUCUACCAACUGGAGGGAAGAGUCGGCUUGAGCUAUUUCUCUACUCUUCUAUGAUUGGUGUGGGAGGUUACUUUCUUCAAUGCAUACGCGGUUUAAUUCAAGAUCUGCUAAUGCAGAUAGGAAUCAAUGAAGAUUUGUACAUCCCUCUGGCGAUUGUUUUGGUAGUGUUUGUAUUUAUAUUUGGAGCAUGGUCAGGAUUUUGGACUGUAAAGAAGUUUGUUGUGACAAACGAUGGUUCUAUUGACACUGGUACAACAAUCUUUGUCUCUUGGUCCAUCCGAGCUUUUGCUGUGGUUCUGAUCCUUCAGAGCUCUGUAGAUCCAUUGCUUGCUGGAGGAGCGUUGAUUUCUGGAAUUCUCAUCUCAUCGAUUCUAAAGAGUAUCAGCAGAAAGCUGUUAGCUCAAAGAAUCUAUGAGCAAGAUGAUGAAACUGAGUGUUAUAGCCUCGGCUUUAUCCAUGCUACUUCGUUUGCUUCUCCUCUUCCUAGAGGUUCCAACAAGAUGUCCAGGACAAUACCGUUAUCUGAUUCAGAUAUAUUCCCGUCGUCAUUCCACAAAACACCAGAAGGGAGAAGAAAGCUAACGAAUGAAGAGUUGGAAAAGUUCACUAAAGAGAGCACGGAAAAGGCAUUGAAGGAAUUGGUUUCUUCACCCGGUUUCGGCGAAUGGGCGGUGAAAAAUGCUACAAGAAUUAGCGUAAAUCCGAUAAAGGAAUCGUCCAGUAAAUUCGGUGAUACUGUCAAGCGCCGAAGAUGGUUCCUCUGAUUCUGAAAACCAAGCAGCUAGGGUAACUUUUGAACCAGUCAGAGUGUAGACUCUUGUAACUUUUUAGGGCACAAUUGUUGUAAUAACCCUAAUUGUUUCUUCUUAGGUUGGUUGUGUACGAAGCAACAAACAUCCCUUCUACAUUUCUUGUGAAGAAAAAAUUUCAUUGAUG